GGAGGGAGAAAAUUCUAAUUAACAAAUAACUGGAAAGGCCCAAAGGUUGGAGGACAUAUACUGUGAGAGACAUCAAGAACUGAACACAUUCACAAGUCGGUGAAUAUUUUUCUUUUCGCGUAACCCCUUUCUUUGUGAUAACACAAUCUGGUGCUGAUGUACGCAGGAUAAGAAUGGAUGCAGUGCUGAUGGACAGCUCCUUCCCAUUGGUCAAUAAUUCAACUGGAGCCAGAGUGUCUGAGGAUGGGGAGACGGUGAUUGGCACUUACCUACUGCUCCUGGGUGAGAUGGGAAUGAUUGGGAACGAGUUCCUUAUGUUCAGGAAGAAUUAGACUAAGGAAUUAUUUAUACUGAAAAAUAUAAUCCUAUUAUUUUCAAGAAUGAAACGUGUGCUUUUAGCUAGGAUAAAUUCCUAUGUUUCUAAUUUAUCAUAUGUAAAAAAGGUCUUUGUAUUAUAUCCAGUGAGUGUUCUUCUUAUCUGCAAACAAACCAUAGACAGACUUGUUCAACAAAUGAAUUAAUAUACAGCAGCAUGCCCUAAGGCAAUACAUUCUUUUAUAGAGAUUUGUUAGCAAAACCUCUGUCUUAUUUAGCUCCUACACGACCAAUGACUGUUUCAAUCACUCCAAUCUGUGACUUACAUUUUCAUAUAUACUGUAUGCUUUAUUCAUUUAUAAUCCUUGAGGUGGUUGGGCUAUAUCUAAAAACUAUCAGUUCUAGAAUUAUUACUAAAUAUGGGUCGGUUAGAAGAUAUAUUUUAUACUUCCUAUAGUGAAUGCUCUACAGUUCUAGCUUGUUUUACCUCUUUUAUCCAUUAUACCUAUUGCAUUAUACAUAUGCACAGACAAUUUUCAUACAAAAUCCCAGUAGAACAAAUAUUUAAUUUCAUUUUCAGCUCUUGGUUAUUUCAGAGAAAAUUUAAGAAAUACAACCAAAACCUUCAACAUCUAUAGAACGAAACUGCUUAGUCGGUCUGUCUUUAAUUGUAGGCAGACUUCUUCCACAACAGAGAUGCUCCAAUCCGUAGCUUUUAAUUCUGGUCUAUGAAGACUAAUCCUGUAAAGCUAUGUCCAGCAGAGGUUUGUGGGAUAAGAAGAAUAACCCCCACGUGCAGUUCCCAUCAUCCUAUCGGAUGAUUGAAAAUGCAUUAUAAACGGAUAGCAUCAUACCGCUGCUGCUUCUGAGACACAUACUUUUUAGUGAACAGGGCUGUCUUAUGCUCUUGGCUGAACAGUGGACCAUGCAUGUGCAGUCCGCAACUUGAUUUUGCAUUUUUGCAUUACAUUUAAACACUUUUACCUUCAUGAAGCCAUAAUAGUGUAACAUCAAUACCUUGUAUGUCAGGGCUACUUUCUGAUGUUUUUAGGGUGGCUGUCUUGGCUGGGAAAUGGAGCAGUUAUCUGCAUAUUGUGCAAUCAUCAUCGAUCCCUAGACCCACAUGACCUCCUGACCUUUAACCUUGCUGUAUCAGAUGCUGGGAUCUCCAUUUUUGGCUACUCGCGAGGCAUUGUGGAGCUAUUUCAUGGACUAGGCAAGGAUGGCUUCUUGGUGACUUCCCUCUGGACGUGCAAGGUAUAGAACAGAACAACAUUUUCUUACAUUUUGGCUAAAGGCAUUUGAACCUCAGUGCUACAUAAAUUCAAUCAAUUUCAAACAUCUUUAUCUGUAAGGUUACUGUGAACAGUUCAUGACAAGUUCUCUUUAACAGAUAAACAAUCCCAACGCAAUGACUAUGAUAAAAAUGUAUUUAUUUCCUUAGGAGCAUUUGUUAUAGCAGGGUUGUCAGUCUGGGGACUGUGCAGAAUUUGCAAAGACCCACGACUGUGAGAACGCCGCUGAUAGUCCGGUGGCUAGGGAGGCGGGGGGCAGUUAAAGAUGAGAUUUACUUGCCUGGACCUGUCCCUCCCGGAUAUCACCGUCUUCCACUGGCAGGUCUUCUUCAGCUCCUGGUGCUGACCUCAUUGCUGUAGUCUCGCGCAUGCAAGUGAAAUUUCAACACAGUCAAAAUGAGUAUUUCGGAAAGAUUUUAUCUUUAUGAAAUACUCAGUUUUCAGGAGGGAGGGGCGGUAUGACUGUGCCAAUUUAAUACUCCCCUCCUCUACAAUAUGCCAUAGGUAUCCUGGUCCCUACAGCCCGAAUCAACAGACUCCUUUUAGCGCAGGAUUCUUGACUUCCAGCUCUCCAGCUCACUCAGUGCUGUAAGUAUCUGAGCUGGAUACAUAUACUGAUAAGGAAGUCAUUUUUUUGAAUGAAACAGAUUAAUGGCGCAACAUUCUGCAAAAUGUUUAUUUUUGCAAACUACAAAGAUUUGAGCAUGACAAAAAUACAGUAUAUGAAUGAGGCCAAUACCUGUCAAAUGCAUUCAAGCUGUGCUGAUGCUCACAAGGUUCCUUUUAAGUGUCACUGUCGCUGUCUGGGGACUAAAUUCGCAAAGACCCCCAUCGCUCCCGGGCAUCCGGGGGGGGCAGGUAAAGGCGAGAUUUACUUACUUAAACCUGUCCCUCAUUGGCGCUGUCAUCUUCCGUCUGCUCCGCAUCAGCACCAAGAGUAGGUGUCACUGCUCUACUCUCACGCAGACCGCGGGAUCCUCCAUUGAGCCAAUUCCCUGCAGCCAUUACUGAUGACGGCUGUCGGGAUCGACACUGUAGCUCCGCCCAGAGUCUAAGAAAGUCAGGCGGAGGAAAUAUACAGAGACAAAGUAGUCUCUACUUUGUCUCUAUAUAACUCUUGACUGGGUAGGAAUUUCAGUGAAAAUCCAACACCGUCAAAAUGAGUAUUUCAUAAAGAUUCUAUCUUUAUGAAAUACAAAUUUUUCAGCAGAGCGGGAUGACUGUGCCAUUUUAAGUCCUCAGUUCUAUAUUUAAUAUAUUUUAAAAGCCAAGCAAAUGAGCCAAAUCAUAAUCUGAUGCAAAAGCACUGAUAGGGUUAGUAUGCGGCUCAUGCAGCAAGAAGCAGUCUUACCGAGGAUAACCCUAUUAAACAACUUUGAGUGAAUCUCGUGAGAUCUCCCCUGACUAUCUGCUUCAAUUCAUUAGGUUGAUGGCUUCCUGAUCCUCAUGUUUGGCCUAAUCAGUAUUAGUACCCUUACUGCAAUCAGUCUCCUUCGUUACAUCAAGGGAUGUCAGCCACAUCACGGUAAGGAUUGCUGAUGUCUUUACUGAGACUUAAACACAUAGGGAGGGGUCAAUUCAAUCAUCUGGAAAUGGUGAAGACACUGGACAUUGACACUGCAGGCUUUAGGCAAAAAUUGAUGAGACGGGAAAACGAGUAAAUUGGACAAUAUUUUCAAUUCAACUAUUUUGUAUAAAUUGCAAAUUGUUAAUUUACAGUUACACACACACAAUAAUAAAUGACCGACACGGAAGCCAUCAGUGUGACUGAUCUGCAGUAUUUGCUGAAAUAAACCCUGCUCAGCUUUGAAGCUGUCACUUCACAGACAGGUCUUUUGUACUAUAGCAGCAGGAGACCAUUACAUUGACUAAUUAUUCUUUUGAGAAGCUAGUGAAAUUCCUCAUUUGCUACUAUUUGUGUUAUUACUGUAUGUGUUUAGGGACUAAAGACUAUUAGAUUUAUUAAUAAACGGCAUGUUUUAUGGAUGGGUCUGGACGCCGUGUUGGAUGGUUUCAGAUUGUGAGAGCAGCUCUUAACUUGCUGUGAAUUUGCAGAUUAGUGUUGCCUAUGUCUAUUUUCAGAGCAAUUUCAGCAUCGAUUAACACAGAUUAGCACAGUUUAAGAUCACUAAUGUUUGCACUACCCCCAAAGGGAAAAUGUUCCAGGUAUCUGACUUUGAGCUCUAGCUACUGUCCCGCUGCACAUAGUGUCUCUUCUCCUGCCUGGGACAUAGACAUCUACUGUACUGGAGCCAGUUUCCCAAAACCUUGACUAGUGGAGGUUAUUCUGGUCUCCACUGCAGAGGUCUCAUAGUUUCAACUAGACUAUCAGCUGCAGAUAUAUAUGGAUAUAGGAGUAGCUGGUGGGGUGUAGGAAACCUAGUAUUAAUACACAGGUCUUUAUUGAGGUUUUUCAGAUAGUUCAGGACAAAACUCCAACAAAGACCUCAGCUGGGGUUAUUGCAGUGCCAUUAUACUAGUCUGCAGGAGAAGCCACAGUCAUCACAGCUUAGAAUUCAACUGUUCGACCACAGCACAACAAACUGGUACAACGUACAGCUGCCCUGCUCUCCAGUGCUGCAGUUGCAUGGGUGAAAUCACCCACGGCAAUGCCCUUGGUCCAGACACCUCUCUGGUAUGCAAAUUGUAAUUAGGAAGUUUGGUUUAUUGAAACGCACCAAUCAAGGCACCAGGUGUCGCUGGAUCCACCUAAUGUUCUGUUGUCAGCUAUGAGCAGGAGAGUUCAAUAAGGUGGGUUGUCAUGGCUGCCGUAUUAAAAUGCAGGACGGCCAUGCAUACCUUUACAUAAUACAGAUUAAUCAAGCCCAACGUCAUACGUCUCAUUGCUCACCACUUGCUUCACAAAAUACUGUGUACUCUUGCCAAUUUUUAUAUCUGACACCUCUCAAAAGGAUGUUUUAUGCCAGACAUACUGUCUCAAAAAAAUGUUAACAUAUACAAAAAAUGUUAUACUCUCAUGACUGAUGGAUUUCUUUUCCAGAUAGUUCAGAGGUUUUUUGGAAUACAAACCACUGCCUCGGAUACAUUGAUAAAUUAUGGCUUUCACUAACAGAUCUCAAAUUAAGUAUGACAUUUCUAUCAACUCAUACAUGGGAUCAAAUCAUUAAUUCACACAGAACUUUUUAUGACUUUUUAUAUCGUCCUGUUACGUCUACUGGCCGAAACAAAAAUUUCUCUUAAAUAUACUUUCCCAUCGCAUAUUUUGGAAAAAUAGAUUUUCUUAGAAAUAAGGACUGCUUCAAUCUCCACAGUAAACCUAGGAUCCCAAUAUUUUUAAAGAUAUUACUGAAUUUUUGAAAAAAGAAAAGAUCGCGAAAAGAGCAAAGGGAGCAGGGAACAUGACAGAAGCCGUUGUUCAUCUCUGUAGGAUAAAAUGGAUGAAUUACAAAGCCUUUAUUAUAUAGAAGAGAUAAACAAAAGAGCGUCAACAAAUAUUAGGAAAUGAGGAGGAUCUCAAAAUUUUAAACCAUUAAUCUUUAAAUUGUGUUAUUUUUUUUUUUAUUUUUUUUUUAAACACAGGAUUAGAGCAAAUGCUCUUCAAGCCAAACAUGUUAGUUGGUGGUUGUUAAUGUUACCAGAUCGAGAAGGCAAAACUGCGAGGGACUUGAAGAUUUGUUUGUUUGAAAAAAAUUUGAUCAACAAGGUGUUGAUAGGUUCUAUGUAUGUGGAUUAAUUAUUUUGAUUAAUCUUGUUUUAGCUCACAAGGUAGACAAACAGAAAGUGCGUGUGGCUCUCAUCUUCAUCUGGAUCUCUGCUGCAAUCUGGUCUGGGUUCCCUUUAUUGGGAUUUGGAAGCUUUACAGGUAAAUUUAUGAUGUGGACGUUUUAACAAUCAGGUCAUCAACAUACGUACCUAAACUCUAAAUCCUCUUACUAAUGGGAGCAAUGUUGGUUGUAGUAAAAGUUGGACCCUGUAACAAUUAGUCAAGACUAAAGAAAAGAUGAAGCCUUAGGGGUCAAGCAAAGCUUGAUCCCGAAGUCAACAUACAAAUGGACUAUGUGGGUAUAAAGGGUCCUAAACCCUAAAUAGUACAAACACGAGAAAGGUUGCCUAAGAGGGUGAAAGACUGAAGGGAGACCUGCCUUUCCUCUAACACUCCCCACUGGUACACCCACAGUAGUGAAAAUAACUCAUAGGGUAUGAAUAGAGUAAAAAUUAAAAACCUUUGUUUAUUGAAUUCUAUUUAAAAAUCUCUUUAAAGGACCACUAUGGUGCCAGGAAAACAUACUCGUUUUCCUGGCACUAUAGUUCCCUGAGGGUGCCCCCACCCUCAGGGUCCCCCUCCCGCCCGACUCUGGGGAGAGGAAAGGGGUUAAAACGUACCUUUCUCCAGCGCCGGGAGGGGAGCUCUCCACUUCUGAUCCUCCUCCGUUCCUCCCUUUCGACUGAAUGCGCACACACGGCAAGAGCUGCGCGCGCAUUCAGCCAGUCUCAUAGGAAAGCAUUUACAAUGCUUUCCUAUGGACGCUUGCGUGUUAUCACUGUGAUUUUCAGUGAUUUGAGGGCUGGAUUAACCCAUUUAUAAACAUAAACAUAAACAUUCUCUGAAACUGCUAUGUUUAUAAAAAAAAAAUGGGUUAGCCCUAGAUGGACCUGGCACCCAGACCACUUCAUUAAGCUGAAGUGGUCUGGGUGACUAGAGUGGUCCUUUAAGGACAAAAAUUAAUGAAAUAGGUGAAACACACAUUGUUGGUGAAUUUAAAAAGGAAAGGUUCGAUGCAGUCUAGACAGUCUCUUGUAUAUGUAUAUGUAAGUAACUGUAAGUGGUUACUAAUAAAUUUAUUCAUGCAAUAAAAUACGGUAAUCUCUUGUAUAUAGAAGUGUAACUACCUGUAAGUUGUUACUAAUGAAUUGACUUCUAUAAUAGACACUUCUACAAUAUAGUUCCAUAUUAACAGGGAAGGUAGAGAGUAUUUGAACAUAGCCCCAUCCAUCUAUCUAUUUCUAGUGGAUAUGUAGAGGCUUUAUCAAUUUGAGCUCCUAUCAGAUACUAUCCAACUAAGUGCAACUUAUUUACUAGCUUUUGACCUUUAUCUCUUAAAUAUAUUCUUGACUAUUGUGUCUAUUGUAUAAGUCAAUUCAUUAGUAACAAUUUACAGGUAGUUACACUUCUAUAUACAAGAGAUUACCGUAUUUUAUUGUAUAAAUCAAUUUAUUAGUAACCACUUACAGUUAGUUACAUAUACAUAUACAAGAGACUGUCUAGACUGGAUCGAACCUUUCCUUUUUAAAUUCACCAACACUGUGUGUUUCACCUAUUUCAUUAAUUUUUGUCCUUAAAGAGAUUUUUAAAUAGAAUUCAAUAAACAUAAGUUUUUAAUUUUUACUCUAUUCAUACCCUAUGAGUUAUUUUCACUACUGUGGGUAUACCUAGGGGGAGUGUUAGAGGAAAGGCAGGUCGCCCUUCACUCUUUCACCCUCUUAGGCAACCUUUCUCGUAUUAGUCAAGACUAGCAUGGGUUUCUCCACUUUCAGGCUUUGGAAUAGGUUGAGAAAUUACUGUAUUGCAGGCUUGGAAUACCUCACCUUAAGUCUUCCUGAUGAUGCUAAUAAUAUUCUUGACUGGGGGGAAGUAAAUUAGUAGAUAUAUAUGGGGAGGGCUGGAGGGAGUCAGAGCUUUGCUCCGCUUAUCUUCAGGACCAGAAAUGAUCAGCCUUUGUGGCAAGGUUAGGGAGUUCCCAGGUGUGCUUAUUGUACAACAAUGUGGGUUCUAACUAUUAACAGAUGGAGAUUUCUAAUUAUCAUGUAGUGUCUCUGAAUAGUGAUCCCUAAAUGAUUUAGAAUCAUAUCAUUUAUAUGCUAUGUGUUUUUAUUUUUUUGCAGAGCGUAAAUAUGGCACAUGUGAGAUAGACUGGACUCAAGCCACAAGUUCUAUGUCUUACAAAUGUUAUGUCAUUGGAAUCUUUGUUUGGGGCUUUUUCAUUCCGGUGUCCAUCAUGGUCUUCUGCUAUGUAUCCAUCAUCAGAACUGUGCAUGCAAGCCACAGAAACUCACGUGGAGGUGAUAUAAGCCACCACCAACUCACCAUGGAGAGGGCCAUCACCAGGGUAAUCUAAUAUAUUCAAAUAUAAGUUGCACAGUGAACCGUAUUGUCUGUUUUGAGAAAAGCAGUGUGUGACCGCACUGUUAAACCUUUCAACAAUUGCUUUCCUAAAACUUUACUACAUUUUUGUUAUGUUCUCAUUCAUUUAUUUGUGUCCCUCAGGUGUCAUUUGUUAUCUGUACGGCUUUCCUCCUUGCCUGGUCUCCAUACGCCGUUAUCUCUAUGUGGUCAGCAUGUGGCUAUCAGGUACCGGCCCACACCAACGUGGUAGCUACAUUGCUUGCAAAGUCGGCAAGUUUCUAUAAUCCAAUCAUCUAUUUGGGCCUGAGCCCCAGGUUUCGACAAGAAUUUCACACUUUGUUAUGCUGCUGCUGCCCAAAGAAGAGAGGCAAAUCCUUGAACUGUGAUCAGUCAAUUGCUGGCUGUGAAUCCAACACAAAGCAAUGGGUGGACCCACAGUACUUACAGACAGAUGAAAAGAACCUUCAGACAAACCGUUCUUUAGAAGUAGGACUGGAAAUGUCUAAUCAAGGAGCUCCGAGUACUGAAGACGUGAUUCUGAAUGAAAAGUCUUUAGAAGAAAGUACAAAGGUUAACAAUGUCCAGAUACGAGAUGUAGAUUUGAAAACAUAAUGUAAAUAUGUUCAAGGGGUAAAACCACAUAUCUGAUUAUCUAACAAUAAACAGACACAUCAGUGUCAUAUUCUUAUCUCCAGAAAAAAACAGAAAUUAAGUCUUUCCUCAAAUGUUCAGUACCUUUAUCUUCCUCAAUGUCAAACCUUGAUUUAAAACAAACCAAAAAAACUAAAACACCUCUGUCAUACAAACCAUAAAGGACAGCAAAAACACAGCACCUCUUAAAGUUAAGUAGCUAUUCCUCCUGCACAAUUAAUGGUAGGACUAAACCUCAGAAGACAAUCACUGCGCAGUUCUCAGUAAAUUUUGUAGGCCCUGUGUAUUUUCCACUGGACUCUGGAGUAGCUGGACCACUGGAGUAGCUAAAGCAACAAACCUGGAGGGAAGCUUUGUGAUUGGCUUAGAUAAAAGCACCCAAUCACUUUGCAAGGGAAGUCCUACCAGUGAUGCAAAUUGUUGGACAAGUCUAUGCAAAUCCAAAAAAUAACAUUCUGCUUCCAGUCCAUGACUAGAAGAAAGGUUUAACUUUGUGCAAAUUAGUUGACCCACUCCACCCCCCACCAAAAAGUAGGACAACAUUUAGGCUAGGCAGCAUGGGUAUGGCAGAGGAGGCGAUUAUUUCAGAUAUCUG